CUUAGAACCUCUGUUAUAAAAUUUUUACUGAAUAAAUGUGUGGAGGGACGGGGGUCUUGGUCUAUAGGCAGCAGUCACCCUCGGAAAGCAGCUGACGACCAUCCCUAGCCCACUUGGAUCACUGAACCAGGUGUGAGAGUGCAUUUAUUCAUCCGUCAUUGAGUCAGGGUCUGCAGGACAGACCUCUGCAGGUGGUGAUCAAUGUCUCACCACCUAACUGCUGGUAUGGCACCAGAGGAGGUCUGGGGAAAUUUCCUGACUUUUCUUAACUCACAGUGGUAAUGAGGCUGCCUUCACUGCAGUGUCAGUGGAGACUAAAACAUAAAGGGAUUUUCCUGUAGUCUUCAUUAUAAGAACCUGGAGAGCUCCGGGAGAUAUGACUCUUGAAAGUGUGCCCCCACCCAACAAAACAAAACAAAAUUGGGCCCUCAGGAGUUUUAAAAUAUGCUAGUCCAUAUUCAUCAUCCAGGAAGAUAUCAGUUACCAUUUAAGUGUUCUUACCAGUUGCCGGCUCUGGCAGUGGCCUCUGCUCCUAAGCUGGUAUUCUCUGUAUUCACCUCUCUCUUUAGUUUUGGGGGUGGUUCUUUGCCCUAUGACUUCAGUUUUCUGGUUGACUUAGGAGUUGUUGAUUCAGCUUUUAUUCGGUCAGUGUAUUCAGUUUUUUACUUGUGAGGAUGCGAAUAAAUACUCCCAAGCUCUUCACAUGUUGGUGCAGAAACCGGAAAUUUUGUGUUCAUUUUUACCCUUUUUUUUCUUUUUAUAUUGCAGUUUGGAUAAUCUCAACUUUCUUCAAGUUCACCAAUUCUUUCUUCUGUCAGUUCACAUCUGCUAUUAAGCCCUUGUAGUGAAUUUUUCAUUUCCGUUAUUGUACUUUCCAAUGCCAUAAUUUCUUUUUGGUUCUUUUUAAUAAUUUUUAUCUUUAUUGAUAUUUUCUAUGAUGAAAUUAUUUUCGAUUAUUCUCAUAUUUAGUUUUUUGGACAUGGAUUCCUUUAAACAAAUUUAAAGACUUUAAAAGUAUUUUCUAGUAGGGUCAAUGUCUGGGCUUCUUCCAGAAAAGUUUUUAUUUAUUGCUUUCCCACUCCUUUAUGGGCCAUACUCUCUUAUAGACUUUUUUUCUUAUUGGCUGUUUUGAAAACUGGACGUUUAAAAUAAUAUAACAUGGCAUCACUGGGAAUCAGAAUCUUAACUAAAACUUUUCUUUGAGGGAAACAAAACCUGAAAAGGGGAGAUUGAGUAUUACAUGGCUUAAGAGAGUAUUUAGGCAUAUCCACUUCCAUUUGUGCUAACAUAUAUCCGGAAAUGGAAUGGAAUUCAGAACUCCAUGAAAGGGAACUGAUGGCCAGAGGAUUGAUGUCACACAGCCUGUGUCCUGAUUGGCACAGAAGUUGGAGCUAGAUUAUGAAUAUCCAUUCUGCUAGCUCUGGUGGAAGACUGUUUCUAAAAGCAAGCACUUCAACUUUGGAUGUUAAUCAUUAGAAUUUUCUUUCUCAAGUUAAAGGUUUGAGAAAUUCCUGAUAAGAUGUCCUAUUCCCUGAAGUUUACUUUGACUGUAUGUUUUUUUUACUGUUGGCUUUCAUCCAGCCAUGAAGUGUUAAAAGGUGGUACAUCAACGUCUUUUGACCUCCGUACAAUAAUUAUGCUUGUCAUUGCUGGUGGUAUCCUGAUGGCCUUGCUCCUGCUGGUAGUUGUUGUGCUCUGUCUUUACUUCAAAAUAGGCAACGCACUAAAAGCUGCAAAGGAAUCUGGUCACAACCCAGACAAAGUGUUGUAUGCCAAGAACAGCCAGGCCAACACCAUUGCCACAGAGUCUUGUCCUGCCCUACAGUGCUGUGAAGGAUGUACAAUAUACGCCGAUUUUGAUUCCCUGCCACCUUGCUGUUGUGACAUAAAUGAGGGCCUCUGACCUGGGAAAGGUGGGCACAAAAAUCUUCAUGAGCAGUAUUUCUUUCUUAAUAGAAUAUUUUGUUAUUCAAAUCAAGUUCUAGGGAUUUUAUGUGUUACUAUAUAAUUUACAGUGUUGUUUUAUAUACUUUUGAAUAAAUGUACAAUAUUAAAAAGAA